CCGCAGAUUCUGCUUCUAAACACGAAUCCAGACGAUUUUCUUACUCGCAUUAGUAUGUCACUUGUCUGUUUAGUAUCACAAAACACCAUUAUAAUUAAGCACAUUUCCUUUUACUUUCUUUUCUCUCAAUUUUUGGUGUUGAAAAAAGAGACUUGAUCAUUCAUGGUGAUGAACAAAGGCUUUGAAACUAACGCCCAUAGAUGGGCUGGAAAGGCCAAAUUUGCCCAGCAAAGAGCAGCUACGGUUCUCAGACCAAGACCCAUUAAUGAAAACCAAAGUGGGUCUGGUUCAGACAUGGACAUUUGCUCUGAUUCAGAGUUUUCUCCCCAAGAUCACAAAGGUUUCUUCUCAAAAUCCCAAUUUUCAAGCCAAAAUAAACCGAGUGAUAAUGGGUCAUUGAAAGUUAAAAAAGUCUUUGGCGAAGAUGAAUGGUCAGACUCUGCUACUAGUACUGAGAUUUCGUUUACUCAGACAUCGGAGGGUUAUUGCUCUUCAAGAGUUGCCUCAAAGUUUAGUCAUGAUACAUUAAGUGCUCCUCCACUGGUUGAUUCUGGUUCUGAGAUGAGUCAAAGUGUUGACCAAAUUCCAAUCCUCGGAGGACAUCACAAACCUUAUCAGGCUGAUGUUGAUUUGGAAGUUGAUGGAUUUAAGGUUUCUAAACCUGUACGCCUCCCAGCAUUUCAAGCAAGGUUGGCCAGUGAGCAAGGAACUUGGUGUGCUGUGGUUUCUUAUGAUGCGUGCGUCCGCCUUUGUCUCCAUGUAUGGGCUUUGCGUGGUUCUAGUGAAGUUCAUUGUUUCUUGGAGAAUGAAUGUGCAUUGCUGAGAGAUGCAUUUGGUUUGAGGCAUGUACUAUUGCAAUCAGAGGAUGAGUUACUGGAAAAACGAUCUACAGAGCUAGUGAGCCAGGGAGCUGCUCAAAAAACUAGGAAAACGUCUGGUAAAAUAAAACUGCAAGUCCGCAAAGUUAAAAUUGGUUUGGAGCCACCUCCAUCUUGCUUUGUUUUGUCGACUCUGAAGUCGUCAAUAGUCGAGAAUGAAUCGUUACAAAGACGAUACCUCAAUGUUAAAUCAAUUCUGUCAUCUACCUGCAAGUCUAUUAAAAGAGUCCAUGUAGCUCCUCAGGUUCCUGCAAAUGCUUCCUUGUCUAAUCGGAGUUUGGCUUACCUGCAUGCUAGCACCAAGUACAUGAAACAGGUUUCUGCGGUGUUGAAAAUUGGGGCUACCAAUUUAUGCAGCAGUUCUUUGUCAUAUGAUCAUCAAGUAGUUCAAGAAACAUAUUCUUGCUUGUUAAAGAUGAAGAGUUCACCCGAUGAGGAUUCAGUUCGACUGCGACCAGGAUCUGGUGAAGACUAUGUAUUCUUUCCAGAUGGUCUUGCUGAUAAUUUGAUUGUUGAAGUACGAGAUUCUAAGGGAUGCUAUUAUGGUCGUACCUUAGUUCAAGUGGCUGCAAUAGCUGAUAGCCUGGAAGACAAACUGAAAUGGUGGCCAAUAUAUAGUGAUCCGGAGCAUGAACCUGUUGGAAGAGUGCAAUUGUACAUAAACUAUACAACCACUCUUGGUGAAAGUAAUCAUCCAAAGUGUGGCUCUGUUGCGGAAACAAUGGCAUAUGACUUUCUGUUAGAAGUUGCAUUGAAAGUUCAACAAUUUCAUCAGAGAAAUUUGUUACUAAAAGAUCCAUGGAGGUGGCUGGUGAUUGAAUUUGCAUCUUACUAUGGAGUGUCAGAUGCCUACACCAAACUAAGAUAUCUUUCACACAUCAUGGAUGUGGCUACACCCACAGAGUACUGUCUGAACUUGGUUUAUGAUUUGAUGUCCCAUGUGCUUAUGAAGGAAAACAGCAGGAGUACCUUAAGUCAUCAGGAGAAACGCAUACUGGCGGACAUAGAGGAUCAAGUUAAGGACAUACUUGCUUUGGUUUUUGAGAACUACAAGUCGCUCGAUGAAUCUUCUCCAUCAGGGAUGAUGGAUGUUUUCGGACCAGCCAGCGGGUUGGUGGCGCCUGCCUUGGCACCUGCCAUCAAGUUAUACACCCUUAUGCAUGAUAUUUUGAGUCCGGAAGCACAGUUGAAGUUUUGCAGAUAUUUUCAGGCUGCUACAAAGAAGAGGUUAAGAAGGCAUUUGACAGAAACAGAUGAAUUUACACAGAGCAAUAGUGAGAGAACGCCAAUGGAUCUCCCAAUGUCUUAUGGGAAAAUGAAAUCUCUGAUUCUGAAUAUCAGAAAUGAAGUUUUCACAGAUAUGAAAAUUCACAACCAGCAUGUCCUUCCAAGUUUCAUCGAGCUUCCAAAUAUUUCUUCAUCCAUAUACAGUGUGGAGCUCGGCAGUAGAUUGCACGGUUUCCUUGUUGCAUGCCCUCCUCCCGCCCCUUCACCUCCUGUUUCCGAACUUGUUAUUGCAGCAGCAGACUUUCAAAGGGAUCUUUCCCUGUGGAAUGUCAAUCCUGUCAAUGGCGGUGUUGAUGCAAAAAAGUUGUUCGACCCACACAUAAACCUCUGGAUUCAAGAUAAGCGUCAUGAUUUACUUGACUUUUGCAAACAAGAUAAGGUUAAAGCAUGUGGUGUUGGAACACAAAAUUCAACGACACCUUUCAUUGAUGAAAUGUUUGUCCGUCUGGAGGCGACAAUCAAUGAAUACCAAAUCAUACUUUGCCGAUGGCCAGAGUAUAUUUCACUUUUGGAGAAUGCGAUUGCAGAUGUUGAGAAAGCAACUGUUGAAGCUGUAGAGAAGCAAUUUGGUGAUGUUUUGUUACCACUGAAGGAUAAUCUGACAAACAAAAUAUUUGGCCUCAAAUAUGUCCAGAGACUAUCUAAAGGAACAGUUAACACCUAUUUGGUCCCAGAUGAGUUAGGAAUUUUUUUAAAUUCUAUGAGGAGGUUGCUAGAUGUGCUGUGCCCAAAAAUAGAUAGCCAGAUGAAAUCUUGGAGUUCUUGCAUACCUGACGAUGGACGAGCUGUCAUAGGAGAACAUCUUAAUGAUGUAAAAGUGAUGCUGAGAUCCAAAUUUAGAAGUUAUGGGCAGGCAAUUGUAGAGAAACUUGCCGACAAUACUAAGGUGCAGAGUUCAACAAAGUUGAAGAACAUAAUUCGCGACUCAAAGGAGGCAGAAUCUGAUGUUCAAAGCAGAAUGCAGCCCUUGAGGGAUCUUCUUAUAAAGACAAUACAUCAUCUUGAUUCUGUUGUGGAGCCUACAGUGUUCGUACAAAUCUGUAAAGAAUUCUGGGAACGAAUGGGACAGGAUAUGUUGCAUCUUCUGGAAGAUGGGAGAGAGAAGGGAUCUUGGUACAAAGGCUUACGGGUUGCAGUGUCCAUUUUGGAUGACAUAUUUGCAUCAGAAAUGCAAAAAUUACGUGGGAAUUCAUUGCAAAGGAAAGACCUUGAGCCACCAGGAUCAAUAAGAGAGAUUCAUUCCAUGUUGUGCAAAGAUGCUCAUUAUUAGAAGUCAAACCACAAUGGCACAAUCGUCAUAUCCACUUUUCCUCUAUUCAGGCGUAAGCCUGCCUCGUCAUUUUUUGUAGGCACUCAAUCUGUUUCAGUCUUCAUCAUAUGUUUUAUUUUAUUACUAUUAUUUUUAUUAUAUAUAAUAUAUUUGUAUAGAUUGUGCCAUCACGCCUCCGUGGUGGCUGUGAUUUUUUUGCUUUUAUUUUUUUUUAUUUUUCCUUUUAUUUUAUCAUUCCUUGUUGAGAAUAUAAAAUAUUUAGAGCUAAUACCGUAGGCUCCCCCAAUUUUGGUGUUGGGAUAGCAUGAUGGCGUGGGGAUGUAUAUAAUUCCAUACUGCAGCUAUAAAUGAUAAAUCUGAUAUAUAACUUUUGCCA